UGUAUCCUUUAGGAACCUGUGUCUAAGCUGUAGGUUACAAAAUAACGCUUUGAUAGAAUCCAACCUCGCGUUAAGUUUACGUCUUGGGUCCAUCCUAAGAGAAAGUUAGCUCGAUAUUUCUCCGGAGUGAUGUCGAAUCCUGGGACUCGAAGGAACGGGUCCAGCAUCAAAAUCAGACUGACAGUACUAUGUGCCAAGAACCUAGCAAAGAAAGACUUCUUUCGGUUACCUGAUCCUUUUGCCAAAGUCGUCGUUGAUGGCUCAGGUCAGUGCCACUCCACAGACACGGUCAAGAGCACACUGGAUCCCAAGUGGAAUCAGCAUUAUGACCUAUACAUUGGGAAGACAGACUCCAUCACCAUCAGUGUGUGGAACCAUAAGAAGAUCCAUAAGAAGCAGGGAGCUGGGUUCUUGGGCUGUGUAAGGCUGCUGUCUAACGCCAUCAGCAGGGUCAAAGACACCGGCUAUCAACGUUUGGACCUAUGCAAACUGAACCCCUCAGACAGCGACGCCGUGCGAGGUCAAAUAGUUGUGAGCUUACAGACAAGAGACAGAAUUGGAAGUGGAGGCCCAGUGGUGGACUGCAGAGGACUGUUAGAAAAUGAAGGACCAGUGUUUGAGGACUCUGGACCAGGACGGCCUCUUAGCUGUUUCAUGGAGGAGCCGCUGCCCUACACAGACCCCACUGGGGCCGCCGGUGGGGGCAACUGCCGGGCCGUGGAAUCACCCAAUCAGGAGCAAAGGCUUCAAGCGCAACGAAUCAGAAACCAGGAAUCGAGAGGUCACGCACACACACCCCAGAACCGACCACACGGGCACCAGUCACCAGAUCUACCCGAGGGUUAUGAGCAGAGGACGACUGUACAGGGCCAGGUUUAUUUCCUGCACACCCAGACAGGCGUGAGCACCUGGCACGACCCACGGAUACCACGGGACCUGAACAGCGUGAGCUGUGAGGAGCUGGGUCCGCUGCCGCCCGGCUGGGAGGUCAGGAGUACAGUGUCAGGAAGGAUUUACUUUGUCGACCACAAUAACCGAACAACACAGUUCACCGACCCCAGGUUACACCAUAUAAUGAGCCAGCACUCUCAGGUGAAGGAGUCGAGUCAGGCCCUGCCGGUGCAGAUGGAUGUUCCUGUGGAGGAAGGUGAGGGGGAGCUGCCUGUGCGCUAUGAGAGAGACCUGGUCCAGAAGCUCAAACUGCUCCGCCACGAACUCUCCCUCCAGCAGCCUCAGGCCGGACACUGCCGUAUAGAGGUGUCUCGAGAGGAGAUCUUUGAGGAGUCGUAUCGACAGAUCAUGAAGAUGAGGCCUAAGGACCUGAAGAAAAGACUGAUGGUGAAGUUUCGUGGAGAAGAGGGCCUGGAUUACGGCGGAGUCGCACGGGAGUGGCUUUAUCUUCUGUGCCACGAGAUGUUAAACCCUUACUAUGGCUUAUUCCAGUAUUCCACUGAUAACAUCUACACCCUGCAGAUCAACCCAGACUCAUCCAUCAACCCUGAUCACUUGUCUUAUUUCCACUUUGUGGGGCGAAUCAUGGGGCUAGCUGUGUUCCAUGGACACUACAUUAACGGGGGGUUCACGCUGCCCUUCUACAAGCAGCUCCUGGGCAAGCCCAUCCAGCUCUGUGACCUGGAGACCGUUGACCCAGAAUUGCACAAGAGCCUCGUCUGGAUCCUAGAGAACGAUAUUACAUCUGUUUUGGAUCAUACCUUCUGCGUCGAACACAACGCAUUUGGCAAAUUCCUUCAGCAUGAGCUCAAGCCCAACGGCAGAAACAUCCCCGUCACCGAGGAGAACAAAAAGGAAUACGUGAGGCUCUAUGUCAACUGGAGGUUUAUGAGAGGCAUCGAGGCUCAGUUCCUCGCCCUGCAAAAAGGCUUCAACGAACUGAUCCCACAGCAUUUGCUAAAGCCUUUUGACCACAAGGAACUUGAGCUGAUCAUCGGAGGCCUGGGGAAGAUCGAUGUGAAUGACUGGAAGGCAAACACGCGGCUCAAGCACUGCGUAGCAGACAGCAACAUCGUCAAGUGGUUCUGGCAGGCCGUGGAGUCCUUUGACGAGGAGCGGAGAGGCAGGCUACUUCAGUUCGUCACUGGCUCCACCCGCGUCCCUCUGCAAGGAUUCAAAGCACUGCAAGGGUCUACAGGUUCUGCAGGACCAAGACUCUUCACCAUCCAUUUGAUUGACGCCAACACAGAGAACCUGCCCAAAGCCCACACAUGCUUUAACCGCAUCGACAUCCCACCUUACGAGUCUUACGAGAAACUCUAUGAGAAGCUUCUGACGGCGGUGGAGGAGACCUGUGGCUUUGCAGUGGAGUGAAAGCGCUGUUAAGCAACUAACAGUGACUAACCCACCUAACGAACCCCUUCUACACCUCUUCACGCCCUUCAGCCCGAGGGCGGACAGACCAGACUGGUGCCCCCCAACGGG